UCUUAAAUGGUGGGCUUUCUAUAUUGGAUCUUGGGAAGAAAGAGAAAGUCACAGGAAGCAUUUGGGGUGGCACUGGGGGAAAAAAGAUAGGUCAGGAGCAGAGAGCAUACAAUGUGCUAGAACUGGAAGAACAUCUGUCCCUGGGGUCUGAGGCAGGCAGUGACCUGCUGAAAACCCCAGCCAGCAGAGACACCUCUCCAGAGACGCGGUAGAAAGAUGCCCUGCAUUUAAACGGAAGAAGUUUCCCGCACGCGGGUUAUGCUGACGUUUCAUUUUGCGUUCUCGGGACAGCCUUCCCUCGUGACUCCAGGGAACCUAGGGCCUCUGUCUGAGUCUACCUGAGAGUCCCUGCGGGAAGGAGAGACAGGUUGCUCCACCCCGCCCAGGAUCAGGCUGGGGGGAACCCGCCCGCCCGCCCGCGGGUGCCAACUCGCGCCGGGCGCAUCCGCGAAGUCCGGGAGUGGAGUCCCGCGUCCCGCCUCCUCCCCGCGGGGCGCGCUCUCCUCUCUCCCCCCGCAACCCUUCCCCACUUUUUCCCCCCUUUUGCAAUCACAUGGCAUUUUAAGAAUGCCGGAAAGAUGGCGGUAGCGGCGGCGGCGGCGGCGGCGGCGGGGCCGGCCGGCGGGGGAGGCGGCCGGGCGCAGCGGAGCGGGCUGCUGGAAGUUUUGGUGCGGGAUCGCUGGCACAAAGUUCUGGUGAACUUGAGCGAGGACGCCCUGGUUCUGAGCUGCGAGGAGGGCGCUGCGGCGUACAACGGCAUCGGGACCGCCACCAAUGGCUCGUUCUGCAGGGGCGCCGGCGCGGGGCACCCGGGCGCGGGCGGCGCGCAGCCCCCGGACUCGCCCGCCGGGGUCCGCACCGCCUUCACCGACCUGCCCGAGCAGGUGCCCGAGUCCAUCUCGAACCAGAAGCGCGGCGUGAAGGUGCUGAAGCAGGAGCUGGGCGGGCUGGGCAUCAGCAUCAAGGGGGGCAAGGAGAACAAGAUGCCCAUCCUCAUCAGCAAGAUCUUCAAGGGGCUGGCGGCGGACCAGACCCAAGCCCUGUACGUGGGCGACGCCAUCCUGUCCGUGAACGGGGCCGACCUGCGGGACGCCACGCACGACGAGGCGGUGCAGGCGCUGAAACGCGCCGGCAAGGAAGUGCUGCUGGAAGUGAAGUACAUGCGGGAAGCCACGCCCUAUGUGAAGAAAGGCUCCCCAGUAUCCGAGAUCGGGUGGGAAACGCCUCCGCCGGAAUCCCCGCGGAUAGGGGGCGGCUCCUCAGAGCCUCUGUCGUCGCAAUCCUUCUCCUUCCACAGAGACCGGAAAAGCAUCCCCCUCAAGAUGUGCUUCGUCACACGGAGCAUGGCCUUGGCUGACCCUGAGAACAGGCAGCUUGAAAUCCACUCUCCAGAUGCUAAGCACACGGUGGUCCUGAGGAGCAAGGACUCAGGCACUGCCCAGGCCUGGUUCAGUGCCAUCCAUUCCAAUGUCAGUGACCUGCUGACCCGAGUGAUCGCCGAGGUCCGAGAGCAGCUGGGGAAGACCGGCAUUGCUGGGAGCCGGGAGAUCAGGCAUCUUGGCUGGCUUGCAGAAAAGGUGCCUGGGGACAGCGAGAAACAGUGGAAGCCAGCCCUGGUUGUACUGACCGAGAAGGACCUUCUCAUUUAUGACAGCAUGCCAAGGAGGAAGGAAGCCUGGUUCAGCCCAGUUCACACGUACCCUCUUCUUGCCACCAGGCUGGUCCAUUCAGGUCCAGGGAAAGGAUCACCCCAAGCUGGUGUAGAUCUGUCCUUUGCAACGCGAACUGGUACUAGGCAGGGGAUUGAAACACAUCUCUUCAGGGCUGAGAUCAGCAGGGACCUCUCGCAUUGGACACGGAGCAUAGUACAGGGGUGCCACCACUCAGCUGAACUCACUACCGAAGUCACCACAGCUUGCACCUACAAAAACCAGGAAUGCCGGUUGACCAUACACUAUGAGAAUGGAUUUUCUAUUACCACUGAACCACAGGAGGGUGCCUUUCCCAAGACAAUCAUACAGGCUCCUUAUGAAAAGCUGAAAAUGUCUUCAGAUGAUGGAAUCAGGAUGCUGUAUUUAGAUUUUGGAGGCAAAGAUGGAGAGCUUCAACUGGACCUUCAUUCCUGCCCCAAGCCAAUUGUUUUCAUCAUUCAUUCCUUCCUGUCAGCUAAGAUUACAAGAUUGGGGUUGGUGGCCUGAAAAGAGGGACAAAUUGUCUUUGAGAAAAGGAGGGCUUCGAUGCCACCAAAAAGUGUCAUAUCAGACACCAUUUGCAGUGAUGCACCAGAUGUAGCAUGCCACUGUCAGCUUUAGAUCCCGAGUCCUGUGUAACAGUCCCAGAUGCCUUUGUCAAUUUCAGCAACUAUAAAGGGUACCCUAAGAAAAUACCACAAGGACUAUCAGAAUAAAACUGUCUUUUUAGAACAGUAAAAGGGUAAAGAGGUGAGGCUGAUUGGAAAUACACAGCAUAGCUUUUAAAUAAUGACAAUCAAGGACAUGAACAUUAGGACAGCAUGUGCAGAUCUUAAUCACACCAGUUUCUAGGCAACUGGUUCACCCAGGUAAGCAAGGGCUGAAUAAAUUAGAAAUGGACAUUUUUCACUCUCCCCUCCGCACCCCAGUGAUAAGGACUCCUUGUUUUAUUGUGCUUUAUUUCCUACUUUUAAUUGAGUUCACUGGUAAGGAAAGAAAAGUACUUCAAAUGGAAAUUCACCUUUUAUUUAAGUAUGAAACAGCUGUUACUUUUUCUUAAUGAAUCAUCUUUCAAUGAUGUAGCCUGAUUCUGAAGUGUUCUCAUUAGCAUAAGAUGAGUAGGAAUUAAAUAAAGCAUCAGAUACAGAUCUGAGCUGUAAGCUGGUAGAGUCUGAGCCAGAGUAGACUGCUUAAAUUGCAAAGCUUUGCUCAAGAGUGGUGUGUGUGAAAGAUGAUUAAUUCUGGGACUACACUCAUACCAAGGUCUGCUAUCUUAGAGCCAUGACUUAUAGCUUUAUUUAUAGAAAGCAAAUUAUGGAUUUUUCAAAAAGAUUGUCAUUUGAGAUAUAUAUAUAUAUAUAUAUAUAUAUAUAUAUAUA